AAACAAUGAGCUGUCAAACUCCGAAGAUAAAUAUUUGGUACUUUGACCGGUUAAUUAACGUUAGCGACAGGUUUUAGCAGUGUCACGAUGGAUACUUGGGUUAAAUUAAAUGGUCAGACAGCUGGGAGAGACAAAACCGCAAGAUUGCUGCAAUAUUUGAGCCGAAUCCUCUGGCACCGCUUGCAACACAGUAACAAGGACCAAGUCAAUGCGUUUAAAAAUCUGGAAUUCCAGUUGAGCACAUUUCGAAAAUUGCUCAGAUUUGGCAAAUGCCUUGAUGUUAUUUACUCAACGGUGGCUCUCUUCGACCACGGGGACUCCACAGUGCGCCACACGAUAAUCCUGAGCCGGAUUGCCAACUCGUUGUUUCUUUUAGCCGAUCAUUUGCUGUGGCUAGGCCGUGCAGAUGUCUGUAAUAUCGACACGCAGAAAUGGAGCCGCAUUUCAAACAAAUACUGGCUGUAUUCCAUCACAAUGAACUUAGUUAGGGACUUUUACGAGAUUUCUUGUAUUAUUAAAGCGCAGAAACGAACAAUUGUACCUGAUUGCGGUGUUCAGAAUGUUAACGACUUGUAUAAAAUUCUUUCUCGGACUUUGACAGUGCUACAGUGUCAUAAGGGGGUCAUGAUUGACACUGUCAAAAACGCGUGCGAUUUUUUCAUCCCCUUGACGGCCCUUGGGCACACGAAGCUGUCCCCGGGGGCCGUGGGGUGGCUGGGGGUUGUCUCGUCACUGGCUGGGCUUCUGGUCCUCGUGGACCCUAAAAUAAAGCUGUCCCCAGCCUGAUUAAUUGACAUUAUUUAUGGUGAUAGGUUUUUUGUAACAUUUGUUUAAUAUAAAUUACCAAUUA